CCCAGUGAAGCUCCCACUCUGCCACUCCACUCCCCAGCUGCACUUUCACUGCCGCUAGCUCUAGCACCAUCCAUUUCCAACCCAACCCGAAUCCGGCCGGCCAAUCACUCCGUUGCUCCGGCAAUCCUCCGACCAGCCCUCGUCGGCGAGGAGCGUCGCGAAGGCGAACCUUCUUGCAUUUUGGCCGGAGUAGGAGGAAAGCGAAGCUGAGCUGAAGUGGCGGUGUGAAAAAGCUUGAAGCUUUCUCAGAUUGUUAAUGGCGGUGGCGCGAGCGGGGAUGGCGGCGUGGGUGGUGGCCGCGGCGGCGGCCUGCGCGCUGUGGGCGGCCGUCGCGGUGGAGGCCAGGUCGCCGGCGGCGAGGGUUCACCGGCACCUCAAGAGGCUCAACAAGCCUGCGGUCAAGAGCAUCGAGAGCCCAGAUGGAGACAUCAUCGACUGCGUGCACAUCUCCCACCAACCUGCAUUUGAUCAUCCUCUACUCAAGAACCACACUCUCCAGAUGAGGCCGGUCUACCACCCUGAAGGCUUGUAUGAUGAUGACAAGAGAAGUGUGGCCUCUGACAAUGCCGGCGAGAAGCCGAUGCUCCAGCUAUGGCAUCAGAAGGGGAGAUGCCCGGAGGGCACUGUCCCAAUCAGGAGAACCAAGAAGGAUGACCUGCUCAGAGCAAGCUCAUUGCGCCAGUAUGGCAGGAAACGGCAUACCGCCGUGAAUCCGAUGUCCAUUGAUCCCAACAUGCUCAAUGAGGGUGGCCACCAACAUGCCAUAGCGUACGUCGAGGGGGAUAAGUACUAUGGUGCCAAGGCCACCAUUAAUGUGUGGGAACCCAAGAUUCAGCAGCCUAACGAGUUCAGUCUGUCCCAGCUGUGGAUCUUGGGGGGAUCAUUUGGUGAGGAUCUCAACAGCAUCGAGGCCGGGUGGCAGGUUAGCCCGGAUCUCUAUGGAGACAACAACACUAGGCUGUUCACAUACUGGACAAGUGAUGCUUACCAAGCAACAGGGUGCUACAACAUAUUGUGCUCCGGUUUCAUUCAGAUCAAUAGCGAGAUCGCCAUGGGCGCGAGCAUCUUCCCCAUCUCGAACAUCGCCGGCUCGCAGUAUGAUAUCAGUAUACUUAUAUGGAAGGACCCAAAGGAAGGCAACUGGUGGAUGCAGUUCGGCAAGGAGUAUGUUCUGGGCUACUGGCCAUCCUUCCUCUUCUCCUACCUCGCCAACAGCGCGUCGAUGAUCGAAUGGGGCGGGGAGGUGGUGAACUCGGAGCCCGACGGCGCGCACACGUCGACGCAGAUGGGGAGCGGGCAGUUCCCGGAGGAAGGGUUCGGGAAGGCGAGCUACUUCAAGAACAUCCAGGUGGUGGACAGCAGCAACCAGCUGAAGGCGCCCAGGGGGGUGGGCACCUACACCGAGCAGUCCAGCUGCUACGACGUGCAGAACGGCAACAAUGGCGACUGGGGCACCUACUUCUACUACGGUGGCCCGGGGAAGAACUCAAACUGCCCAUGACAUUGACAUGGUGAUGAUGAUGAUGAGCUGAUGCUGUGUGUGUAUAUGAUGGGUACCCCAUUUCACCAUGAGAGCAAGUGUAACCAAGCAAGCAUUUCAUGUGUGCAAAUACAAGAUUGAUCUUGGAUUUGUUUCUUUAGCCCUAGGUAGUAGUAGUGUGUAACAUGUGUAUGUGCCCUAGUGAUUUCUUGGGUUCUUUUUUUUUUCUAUUCUUUUUUUCUUAGUUUUUCUUUUUUUUUCUUUUUCUGAUGUGCCAUGUAAAAGUUUCUGAAGAGAAGCAUGGCGUGAGGUGGUGGCGGUGCAGGGGUGGUGGUGAUUACCUAUAAAUUUGUGGGUUUUGCAAGUCAAACGGCUUGGUAAGCUGUGAUCAGUGACUGUUUAAUUCGGUGUGGUGUUAGCUGAUAAAAGUGACUUGGGAGACCGUUUAAUUUGUGAGGAUGGAAGC